AUGAAUCCAGACCAUAGCGACUCGGAUACCGGCUCGAUUUUCACGGUCAAGACCAGCACCACUGCUCCGACGGAAUGGACUUCGGAAGAAGGCAAUGAGUCUCGCGAUGGGAAUGAUGUUAUGUCCAUCUUGAGUAAUUUAAUUGAUGAUGAACAAGCCGAUCAUGAUACUGAUGACGCUUUCCAGCCAAACGACGACCAGGAACAAAACAAGUUGAUGCUGAUGCAUUUGUGCUACGAGCUGGUGUUUGAUGGCAAGUUGCAUUUAUCACCUAUUACCAGUGAACCUCAAAAUGUUUUGGAUAUUGGUACAGGGAGGGGAGAUUGGGCGAUUGAUUUUGCUGAGGCGUAUCCAUCUGCGCGCGUGAUUGGCACAGACCUCAGUCCGAUACAACCAUUAUGGGUCCCCCCAAACUGCACCUUCGAAAUCGACGAUGCCGAAGAUGACUGGCUCUACGCCCAACAAUUCGACUUGAUACAUACCCGAACCAUAUGUGGCGCCAUACGGGACUGGCCACGAUUCCACAAACAAGCUUUCGAUCGUGUGAAGCCCGGCGGAUGGUUUGAGAUGCAAGAAAAUGAUGCAUGGUUCCAGCGCGACGACGGUUCGUGUCCCGAAUGGACGAAGUUAUUUUUGGAGAAACUGGACGAAGCGAGCAUCCUAAGUGGGAGGCGGCUCAAUGUCGCCCGAGACCAGAAACAGUACAUGAUCGAUGCCGGCUUUGUCAAUGUGCAUGAUGAAAUUUUCCGACUACCCCUAAGCCCUUGGCAUGAUGACCCCCGCAUGAAAGAAAUCGGUCGGAUACGUGGCGUAGCCAUGAACGAGGGGGUCGAAGGAUACAGCUUGGCUUUAUAUACGCGAUUUCUAGGUUGGAGUCCGACCGAAGUACGAAUCUUGCUGGCCAAGGUGCGCUCCGAAUUCAAUGAUUUGCGAAAUAAAAUGUACAUUGCUGUGCAUGUCGUGUACGGUCAGAGACCGGAACAAACGGUCACGCAAUGA